GCACAGAAGCUAGGGCUUCGGAGGUUUGAACUUUGAAUUUUGAACAACAAUGGCUGAAGAAACAGAAUUUCAAAAAGGAGAAGAAGGAACAGAGACAGAAAUGAAGCCGUGGGAACAACACUCAAGAGUGAUUAGCAUACCUCGUUUUGAUUACAACGCACCUUCAUCUAUUCUUCAACGUUCUCACUCUGGCUUCCUCAUCACCUGCACUAUCAAGAGGGAAAAAAGCGCCACCAAAGAAGCCAUCACCAUUCUUCAAAAGUAUAUUGCUUCCUACUACAGUGAUGGCUCUGGAAGUGUGAAGAACUCUGAUACUAAUGGUGACGCUAAGAGAAGGAAAACAUGCACAGAUGAAGCAAGUGAGGAAUUUGCCAAUGGUGCAGAAAGUGGGGGCACUAAAGAAGAUCCAGGUGGACUUCCAAAGGAUGAUUGUAGCUCCCAUUCAAAGGUAGAUACAAACACAGAAUACGAUUUUGAUAUGUCUCUGGUUAAGCUAAAAAGAAGUGGUCUGCUUCUCCUUACCUUCCCAAGAGAAAACUCUUAUAACAUUGUUGGUGUUGUGUCAAACAUUGUUCAAUCUUUGGACUCUGGGACUUUAAAGUCACCGCUGGUAUUUCAACAUUUGGGUUUCCUAAUUAGUUUAGUUAUUUCUAUUGUUAUUCUACAUCUGGAGAGGGAAAAAAGCGCCACCAAAGAAGCAAUCACCAUUCUUCAAAAGUAUAUUGCUUCCUACUACAGUGAUGGCUCUGGAAGUGUGAAGAACUCUGAUACUAAUGGUGACGCUAAGAGAAGGAAAACAUGCACAGAUGAAGCAAGUGAGGAAUUUGCCAAUGGUGCAGAAAGUGGGGGCACUAAAGAAGAUCCAGGUGGACUUCCAAAGGAUGAUUGUAGCUCCCAUUCAAAGGUAGAUACAAACACAGAAUACGAUUUUGAUAUGUCUCUGGUUAAGCUAACAAGAAGUGGUCUGCUUCUCCUUACCUUCCCAAGAGAAAACUCUUAUAACGUUGUUGGUGUUGUGUCAAACAUUGUUCAAUCUUUGGACUCUGGGACUUUAAAGUCACCACUCUGGUGUCAUCGAAUUUUUCCUAUCCAAUCUACUUGUAUCUUGAAGGAGGUAGACCUUCAAGCAACUGUAUCAAAGCUUGUUCUUCAAUUUGUAAAUGAUAAACAAAAUAAACUUUCCCGCCCUGUUAAGUUUGCAGUGGGGUAUAACCGAAGAGGAUUUGAUGAGACACAGAUGAAGACUACAAAAGAUACUUUAAAUGAUUCUAAUCUCUUUGCUAUGUUAGAUCGCAACAAAUGCUUCGAUGUAGUGGCUGCUGCAGUUAAAGAUGUUGUUUCAGAUUCAGAAGUCGACCUCAAAUUUCCAGAGCUUUCUAUUCUUGUUGAGUUGCUUCCUCUUGCUGUACCAGCUACUGAGCCAUUAGUUGUUGCUGUUUCUGUUCUUCCACACAACCUCGUGACAACGAAGCCUCGACUCUGCAUCAGGGCAUUGGUCUUCGUUACCAAUGCAAAGAAUAAAAAGACUAGAAAUAAAUCCCAUUUGUGAGAAUAUUUUACCUGAUUAAGAAUCAAGGCAUUGGCAAUAGGAAUCCCAGGUCUGUCAUUCGGCUAGAGUUGUCCUUGCAAUCCAAGUGCUCUUCGCCCUUGGUCCGGUGGGCAGUAUAGCGAUAGGCACAAAAUUGUUUUGUCUUUAUGCUUCAGUGAUUUUUAGAAGCUAAGGAACUUGGAGAAGUUAGCUGGACUUGGACGAGUUGCCAAUAUCUAUACAGUUGGGCCCAGGGGUUCACUCUAAUAUCAGAUUUACUUUGUGUUGUUCUUGCUUCAAUGUUUUCGAAUAUCUUCUGGUACACUUUUUAAAUACAAUUUGCUUUUGAAAAAUAAACAUGAGCUAAAGGCAUGUUAAGAAUUGGGAGAUAGAACAAAGUUUCUGCGAAUAUAGUGCUCAU